CGCGCAACCUUCCAUAACACCCCCAAAAUACACGCGGAAAAGCAAGAAGCGUGAGCACUUCCUUAUCGUCUCCUCCUUUCCUCCCUCGGCUGCCCCGAUCGAAUCGCUCGAGACUGUCCUAGGUUUGCGCAUCGAAUUCUAUUCGCAAGAGGAUUUAGUUCCAUCCCUCUCCCCUUUGAGCUUCUGAUCUUCUCGGGCGUUCUUCCGGAACUUUUUUUUUUGGUCUCGAUUUCGUUUGGUUCGCUUGCUCGAGCUUUCGAGAGCAGAAGAGGCAGCCUCGAAUUCCGAUGCACCCAGGCCUCAAGAUCCAGUUUUGAGGCCAUUCCCGAGACCCACACGUCGAUCUGCGCAAGAGGAUGGGUAACACGGGCAGCAACGGUGCAGGUGCCGCCCCUGGUCACCGCCGUCGGACCUCCGGCCACGGCCACGGCCACCACCACCACCAGGCGCCUCCGCCUUCCCUGCCGCCGGAGGCUGCCCCCAACCGCUACGUGUUCGCGGCCGCCACGCCGUACCCACCCCAGUACCCCAACCCCAACCCACCGCAGUACUACGCGCAGUACGGGAACUACUACCCGCCGCCGCCGCCAUCCGUGCCGGUGCCCCUCCCAGCGCCGUACGACCACCACCACAGGCCGCCCACAGCCGCCGUCUCCGGGGAGUUCCCGCCCCUUGCUCACCCCCACCACUACCCCGGGUGGGCUGGGCGGUACCCCUCCUACGGACCACAUCUGCCUAUGCCGGCGCCGUACGUCGAGCACCAGAAAGCUGUCACUAUCCGCAAUGACGUCAACCUCAAAAAGGAGACGCUCCGGAUCGAGCCAGAUGAAGAUUGCCCCAGUGGCUUCCUCGUCGCCUUCACCUUUGACGCCACGGUCGCCGGCAGCAUGACUAUUUACUUCUUUGCAACGGAAGAGCACAACUGCAAUUUAACAGCGACAAAAGAAGACCUAAUCAAGCCAGUUAUUGUUAGCUUCAAAGAAGGUCUUGGUCAAAAGUUCAGGCAACCUUCAGGGACAGGAAUUGACUUUUCAGUGUUUGAGGAAUCUGAAUUAUUAAAGCAGGGGGACAUGGAUGUAUAUCCACUUGCAGUUAAAGCUGAAACAGCACUGUCUGUUGAUCAACCAUUGGAAGGAGAAGACCAAAAGAUUAAAACUCCCAAUUCACAGAUCACGCAGGCUGUGUUUGAGAAGAAGGAAAAUGGGGAUUACCAAGUACGAGUUGUCAGUCAGAUCCUUUGGGUCAAUGGGACUAGAUAUGAAUUGCAGGAAAUAUAUGGAAUAGGAAACUCCAUGGAAAGUGAUGCUGAUGCGAAUGAUCCAGGGAAAGAAUGCGUGAUUUGCCUUUCAGAGCCUAGGGAUACCACUGUCCUCCCAUGUAGGCAUAUGUGCUUGUGCAGUGAGUGUGCCAAGGUCCUGAGGUACCAGACCACCCGAUGCCCCAUCUGUCGCCAGCCAGUUGAGCGGUUGCUCGAGAUCGAAGUGAAUAACAAGUCCGAAGAACAGCAGGAGACGCCCCAAUCACCACCGCUUCCACCCCCACCUCCACAGCAAGAAGAGGUGUAGUCGUGAUCAAAGUCAGCACCCUGAAAUUAUAUGAGUCUAGUUCGUGGCCUUCCGGCCUUCCCUAAACGGCGCUCUCUCAUUUGAGCGUGGGGAAUGUAACCGAUACUUUAGCAUAUGACUUCUGGCAUCGCAUGGCUUGCUGACCUCCAUACCUAGAGGUCUGAGACUGAGAUGCCAAGAGGAGUAAAUGUGUGCAACUUUGUAUCAUAUACAUCAUGCUUGCGUGUACCAUGGCUACCUGAAGAAGUGCAGGAGGAGGAUUCCUCAUGCUUGAUUGACUAAUUCCAUCAGGAAAAAAAAAACGAAGGAAGAGAAGGUGGACUCCAAGUCUGUACAAAGUCUCCCCGUUUAUUGUAACUUACCGUGAUGACGAUAACUUCAACCUUUGCUAUGCUUGAUGAGUCCUGAGUACUUUUUUAUUUAUUUA